UCGUGCCUCACGCGGCGGAGGCCGCAGCCUGCGUCAGCGUGAAGUCGAGCUCCUCUGCGCAUGUGCCACACCGACCCUUCCGGUCGACAUGUAGAAGCCGCAGUUCUGUUCAGGUCUGACGAACCUAGGAACCGAUGAUUCCCAUAUGUCCAGUGGUGUCCUUCACCUACGUGCCCAGCCGGCUCGGGGAAGAUGCCAAGAUGGCUACCGGAAAUUAUUUCGGAUUCACCCACGGAGCCGCGGCCCAGUACAGCCAGCAGCCAACGGCCGGGCUGGCGUACACCCACCCCACCACGGUAGCCAGUUACACCGUUCACCAGGCUCCCGUGGCGGCCCACACCGUGGCGGCGGCCUACGCUCCCACCGCAGCCACGGUCGCAGUGGCUCGGCCGGCGCCCGUUGCAGUGGCGGCUGCUGCCACCGCCGCAGCUUACGGGGGGUACCAGCCGGCCCAUGCCGCCACUGACUACACCUACACUCAGCGCCAGCCGGAGGUCCCGCCCCCGCCGCCGCCGGUCACAUCGCAGAAUUACCAGGACUCGUACUCGUACGUGCGCUCCUCCGCCUCAGCCGUGUCCUACGACAGUAAGCAGUACUACCAGCAGCCCACGGCCACGGCGGCGGUGGCUGCAGCCCAACCGCAGCCCAGCGUGGCCGACUCCUACUACCAGACAGCUCCCAAACCCGGCUACAGUCAGGGCGUCACGUCCUACACGCAGACCCAGCAGACCCGCCAGGUCACCGUGAUCAAGCCGGCCGCCCCCAGCCCAGCCUCCUCCACCUUCUCCAUCUACCCAGUGACCUCCACGGUGCAGCCUGUAGCUGCCGCCGCCGCCUCAGUCGUCCCAACGUACUCCCAGAGCCCGACGUACAGCACCAACGCCGUCACGUACUCCGGAACCUCGUACUCGGGCUACGAAGCGGCCGUGUACUCUGCCGCCUCCAACUACUACCAACAGCAGCAGCAGCAGAAGCAGGCGGUGGCGGCCGUGGCGGCCACCGCCGCCUGGUCCGGCAGCCCCUUCACCAAGAAGCCCGCCUUCCAGAACAAACAGCUGCGACCCAAACAGCCGCCCAAACCGCCCCAGAUCCAUUAUUGUGACGUGUGUAAGAUCAGCUGUGCGGGCCCGCAGACCUACAAGGAGCACCUGGAAGGCCAGAAGCACAAGAAGAAAGAGGCGGCGCUGAAGGUCUCGCAGAGCAGCAGCAGCAGCAGCACGGGGGGCGGAGCCAUGGCUCGCAGCGCGCAGAACCAGCUCCGCUGUGAGCUCUGUGACGUCUCCUGCACAGGCGCUGACGCUUACGCCGCCCACAUCCGCGGCGCCAAGCACCAGAAGGUUGUGAAGCUGCACACCAAGCUGGGAAAGCCCAUUCCCUCCACCGAGCCCAGCAUAGUGACUCAGACGUCGUCCUCCGUCACCGCCGCGUCCAGUAAGACCACCACGGCCGUGCUGGGCGGCUCCAGCGGCGCGCUGAGCGCCUCAGCCGGCUGCUCAUCGACCGCCAGCCUGAGCUCCUCCUACUUGAAAUCUCCCGGUGUCAUCGGCGGUUCUGCUGCGGGCGUGAAGAACCCGCUGGGCCACGGCGUCCCUGCUGCCGGCUCUGCCGCUGCAGCCGCUAAGAAGAUCUGCACCCCUAAGAUUAACUUUGUCGGAGGGAACAAACUGCAGACCACAGUGAAGGCUGAGGACAGCAGAGCAGAGGUCAAAGUGGAGAGCUGUAAGCCUGCAGCGCCCCCCUCAGGAUCCCAGGACAAGUCUGAUGUAUCUGACGCGCUGUCGCCGUCCGCCUUGGUGGCGCUGCAGAGCGAUGUGCAGCCCGUCGGCCACGACUACGUGGAGGAGGUCAGAAACGAUGAAGGUAAAGUCAUCCGCUUCCACUGCAAGCUGUGCGAGUGCAGCUUCAACGACCCCAACGCUAAAGAGAUGCACCUGAAGGGCCGCCGGCACCGGCUGCAGUACAAGAAAAAGGUGAACCCGGACCUGCAGGUGGAGGUGAAGCCCAGCAUCAGAGCCCGGAAGAUUCAGGAGGAGAAGAUGAGAAAGCAGAUGCAGAAAGAGGAGUACUGGAGAAGGAGGGAGGAGGAGGAGCGCUGGAGGAUGGAGAUGAGGCGCUACGAGGAGGACAUGUACUGGAGGCGCAUGGAGGAGGAGCAGCACCACUGGGACGAGCGGCGCCGCCUCCCAGACGGAGGGUAUCCUCAGGGGCCCCCCGGACCCCCCGGCCUGCUGGGAGUCCGUCCCGGCAUCCCCGGCCUGCAGCCGCAGGGUCCCAUGCCCCCCCGACGUCCAGAUUCCUCUGACGACCGCUACGUGAUGACCAAGCACGCCACCAUCUACCCCUCAGAGGACGAGCUGCAGUCCAUCCAGAAGAUAGUGUCCAUCACCGAGCGCGCGCUCAAGCUGGUUUCUGACAUCAUCACAGAGCAGGAAGGUGUGACAGAGGAGGACAAGGAGGCUCAGAAGGACAGAGCCCUGAAGGGGGUCAUGAGGGUUGGAGUUCUGGCCAAAGGCCUGCUGCUUCGGGGAGACAAGAACGUCAACCUGGUGCUGCUCUGCUCCGAGAAACCCACGAAGACCCUCCUGAGCUCCAUCCUGGAGCACCUGCCCAAGCAGCUGACGGUCGUAACACCAGAGAAGUACGAGGUGAAGGGAUCCAUCCAGGAAGCGGCCAUCAUUCUGACGUCCUGCAGUGAUCCAAAGAUGCAAGUGACAAUCACGCUGACGUCGCCCGUCAUCCGGGAGGAGGCCGGUCGGGAAGGAGAUGUAACCUCGGGUUUGGUGAAAGACCCAGCGGACGUCUUGGACAGGCAAAAAUGCCUUGACGCUCUGGCUGCUCUGCGCCACGCUAAGUGGUUCCAGGCUAGAGCCAACG